AUGGACAAGACUUCACGACUAGUAACAUUCCCUAUUGGCUUUAAUGAAUCAUUUAAUUUAACAGAUCCAAUUCUAAAUCCAACAACACCAUCAACAUUAGAAGUUAUAUCAAAUGAGAUUAUUGACUAUUUUGAAACACAUCGUGAACAAAUCCCAUUACUUGUUAUUGUAUAUUUGUUAACAAUAAUAUGGAUAAUUUAUCUAAUACUAUAUCAUUCACGUAUACAAGGCAUUAUUCUAUCUUAUAUAUUACGAAGAUUCUUUUUUAAAGAUGCAACACAAAUAAAAUUUGAUUCAUUUUCAAUAUCGUUUAUAUCGGGAGCAAUUAUGUUUAGAAAUUUACAUUAUACAACAGGAAGUUAUUUUGUUUUUGUUAAAGACGGUUGUCUAGUUUUUCGUUAUUGGUCAAAAACAAAAGCGAAGCCGAUUGUACGAUUAAAAAUUAAAUUGAAUCAUCUUGAUAUACAAUUCUUCAGUCCUAUACGUUCCAGUACAUUAUCCGAUAGUAAUAAUAAUAAUAAUAAUAAUAAUUUAACCGAUGAUGUACAGCGAGGUUCUAUGAAUGGAAUUUCAACCAAAGGUGAUGAUACACAAAGUGUAAAUACGAUAAAAAGUAGCGAAGAUGGCCUAUUCGUUACACGUCUUCGAAAUCUUUUUCCAGCGAUUGAAAUUAAAGUUGAACAUGGUCGAAUAUCAGCUGGACAUGAUACAUUACCGUAUGGUUUAUUAGUUCGUUUUAGUACAAUGACUAGUACAUUUACAAGUGAAUCGCCAUCGAGAAAUCCAUCGUUAAUCGAUUUAAUGACACUUACGUAUCAUUUAAAAUAUCGUAAUCUUCGUAUUCAACUCUAUCCAAUUCGAGUCUAUCAGGGUGAAGCUCGUGAAAUUCCACCGCCGAUACUAACCUCGAAACCAGCUGACAGUGGUAUAUUUCAAGUAUUUGAAUGUCUCGAUGGUGAACUCGAAUAUGAACAAGACGUUCCAGGUAAAAUCAGUGAAUUACCGGAAAAUAGUGAACCGUUACCUGAGCUAACAUGGGAAUUUCGAAUCCGAUGUAAUAAAGAAGCUAAGGUUGCCUACGGACCAUGGGUUGAUAGGCAAAGAGAGGCAUUGUGGCAAUAUUUUUUUCCAACACUACUAGAAGAUUGUCCGGUAACGCCUGAACCAACAGUAGGGCAAACGCGAAUAUUUAAAACUGUACGCUUCAAAUUAUGGCUUGCAUGUCCUACUGUUAUAGAUCUUUAUUUUAUGGCUAAAAUGAAACUCAAUCAAAUACAUGCUGAAUUACCCGUACACGGUUCCUAUUUUGAAGCAUCAUUUCCAUUCUCAACUAAUCCGAAUGGUUUCGAUACAUCCUUAUUUAUGAAUAUUAAACAGCCCAUCGUUCGUACAAAUCUUUCAUAUACACAGCUAUGUAAAGCUGAUGAAAUCGAUAUUAAUGUUCAUAUACAUUAUCCUCGUAUGUGGAAUUCCAUUCAAAUAUGGACUAUUGAUCUUAUCGCAAAAAAGCCUCAAGUUUAUUUUGUAUUCGAACAUAAAUGUUUUUUCCAAGCUUUGCUCAAUGAUUGGUCGUCGUCGGUGCCACCCGAUAUAUAUUCAUUUGCACCAUUUAUCUAUGAUAUGACUGUAAAAGGUGACCACUUAGAACUUUUAAUUCCAUGUAAUCAGGGCAAUUGGAUUGAUUGUACCAAUGGUAUUGGUCGAUCACCACAGCAACAACCGUCUCAACCGGCGGAAAACAAUUAUAUAUCAGUGUGUGCUAAGUCAUUUUCAUUGACAUAUCCGUUACCAUUUGUGGAAUUUUGUCCAACAGUUACACCAAUGGAUAUAACAAUUGAUGUCAAUGAUGUUCUAGCGCGUCUUGUGAUACCAGAGAGUAAUCGAAUGUAUUAUAUUUUAGAAGGAAUUGAUUCUCAUAAACGAAUUUAUACACCCAACGGAGUCAAAUCUCAAUUGAGUUUAUCCGAUGAAUUCGAGAAACGUGAUGGUUGCUUUGAUUGUGGUGAAGUUCCUAACAUAAAACUUCUUAUUCAAAUUCUUCUUCAUCCUUCACCGCCCAUAGGCACAAAUAGAUCUGGUAAAAAUCUAACAACUAAAUUUCAUAUAGAAUAUCGUCGUCUAUUUUCUUUUUGCACAGAUCUUUUAUAUAUUCAACAUGUUAAGUCAUUAGGUAAUCGUCAAACAUUUCAUCCAAAUAAAUUAGAUUAUGAUUUGUUUAAUAUCGAAAUUGAUAUUGGUCCCGUUAAUUUAUUUCUACACGGGUUAUUUUUAAAGAAGCUAUGGUGGGUAAAAGAAAAUUUAUUUGGUUGGGAUCAAAUGUAUCAUGAUACUCGCGAACCGGAAUUAAUACGUGAAAAGAAAAUUAUCGUACACGAUGACCCACUAGUUGAUAUUAUCGAUGAAAAUCAUCCAUUUGAUCCAAGAUAUUUUCGGCCAUUAAAAGCCACUCUACGCGUCGCAUUGCAUAAUAUAACAGCACAUCUUGUUCAUCAUACUGAUAAUGAGCCUUGUCCGAUGGCUUUUUGUGAACGACUUUGCUUCGAAAUGACAACAGAUCUGGACGAAACACGAUUGCAAUUACUUAUUCUACCUGUUAAUGUCUAUGUCGAAGAUACAAUUGUCCGAAAUAAAUCAGAUCAACAUUUAGCCACGGGUUGUCUUCAACUAUCUGGUUUAGUUAUUCGUGGUCAUGCCAUGCUUUCACAUGAAGGUUUACCACCGGAACGUGAAACUCUUGAGUACGCAUGGCAAAUGGAAAUUAUCGUUGGUAAAAUUUCCGCUCGUGUCACAUCGAUUCAAGUAGAGAAAUUGAUUGGCUUUCUAAAAAAUUUCUAUUUACAAAUCAUGGAAGAUGAAUAUACUCUUGUACGUUCGCCUGUUAUCGAUAAAGCCAAAUGGAUUGAAAAACUCAAAUACGAUGUUCUGCGAUUCAGUUUGGACUCAGUUGAUCUUAACCUAGUGGAAGUCGGUAAUUCUCUUAACGUACAGGUUGCACCAGUUCGUCUAUGCAUGUGCAAUAUGCACACAUCAUCUUGCAAUGAAAGUUUAACAAUAAAAGUCGGCACAAUACAAAUUCGGCAAUUAUUACGUUUAUAUCCUGGGUCGUGGCUCGAAGCCGGUUCUGUUUACAUUCCGGAGCUACGUAUAAACGCAAAAUUCGAAUGUCAUCCACCGACAGUCGCCAAUGUAAAUGAACAAUUAGAAUUUCUUCGUCGGCACGAUCAACAUUCUCAACGACUUCAUUUUCUUUACAAUAUAAAACCACAGCAAACAUUAAAUGUUCUAGCAACGUCUUUGAAUUUAAAACGCCCAUCAAAUGUUGGCUUAGUAACAAAUUCAAAUGCAUCAUCAUGCGCAUGUCUCGGCGGUUCGCCCAACUAUUAUACACUUGUGCAAGGUGAACAGUUUUUUAAAAGUACAUUUCGCCUCAGUGAACAACCGUCCUUUGGACGUUCUUUAUUUCAACCUGAUGUACAUGUUCUACAAUCACAUUCGAUAUUCGAACAUAAAUAUAAUUGGGAUAAUUAUGAACAUACAGUUAUUCCGAAUGAGGAACUAGAUGAUGAAGAAAUAUUCUAUCCAUUUGAUUUCUGUGCACAACCAAAACAAUCCGAUGAACGACACGAUCAUGGAAAUGAUAAUGAAUUACGUCACAGUGUACCAAUAGAUAUGUAUUCUUUAUCGCGAACGAAUUCAGCUCGAAAUAUAAGAACGAAACCGACUGUUGAUCGAAAUGAUUAUAAACGGUCAUCGUCAUCGAUACCAUUUCGUCAUACUGUAGAUUCAAUAUCAUCAACAGCGGCAACAAGCGACGAUUAUUUAACACCAAAAGAACAUCUAUCAAUGAAUAGUUCGAGCCAAUCGAGUUUAAAUUCAGCAUUAAAUAAUACAAGUAAUAUACUGGAAUCAUCGUCGCUAUCAUCACUGACUCUUCUACAACAUCAAUCAUCGACUAGAUCGUCAUUAGCACAGUCAACUUUUAAUUUAUCAAAUUUAAUGGAAAAUAAAACUCUUUUAACAAAUUCAUCACGUUCAUCAUCAUCGGAUUCUUUAACAGCGCUAGAAGAAAUUCUUCAACGACAACAAGCAAGAUAUGGUUCAACAGUUUUAUCUCAAAAUGGCGUUGCAUCUUCCAUGGAACAUAGUUCUAUACCGCAACCAUAUUUACCAUGUUCGUCAUGGAUUAGUUUACGGAAUCAAAUGAAAAUGCCAAUACCUAAAUCUACUCUUCUAUGUACUACAUAUAUUCGCUAUUUAUCUCAUUAUCGUUCUUCGACAUGGUCCAAUGUAGCAUCAUUUCCACCAAAUAUUCAACAAACUCAAGUUGAUUCUCUUCCAAUUCUUGAUUUCAAUUGCGCAGCAGCAGCAGCAGCAACAGCAGCAACAGCAGCAACAACAACAACAGCAGCAGCAGCAGCAGCAGCAGCAGCAACAACAACAACAACAACAGCAACAACAGCAGCAGCAACAACAACAGCNCAACAACAACAGCAACCACAACAACAGCAACAACAACCACAACAAACGUCAUCUACGACAGUUAAUAAUCGGCCACGGCUACCGAUUGCUCCUACCACAUCUCCAGUAGGCUCAUCAAAUAUAAUUGCAACAGAAAAAUAUGUAUCGGCAUAA